UCCUCAGAGCAAGGCAUUGUGGUCUCUGUAGUUUUUCUGGUCUUAAGGCCCACACUUGUGCCUUCGCGGCUCCUGGUCUAAUUGAGAGAGGGAAGAUGGCGUCGGAAGUUCCAGGAAUGGAGCAGGAAAUCGAAGAUGGAGAGAUUUCGGGUUCGGACUGCGAAAUGCCGGUCUCGGCUCCUUCCAGGAGUCCCCAACAGAAUGAUAACGGUAAUCCAGCAAUAUCUUUUCCAAGCAGCAGUUCGCAAUUAGCAACAAGCGUUCCUUAUCGGACAGUGAAAAAUAUGGAUUCAACCGAUGAAAGUUUUUCAGAUUCUGAUGAAGAGAGUGGCCUAUGGAAGCGAAAGCGACAAAAAUGUUCAAACCUUCCUCCCCCCAAACCAGAGCUUUUCCAGUUUUGUCCAAACUCUCACAAACAGAUCCCUAAAAAAGUCAACAAUAUAUGGGGUGAAGUUUUGCAAAAACAGAAUCAAGAUGAUAUGGCAAAAAACCUUGGGAUUCUAUGGAUGGAUGGCAACCUGGACAAAAGUCGAGGAUCAGAGACCUACAACUACAUGUUAGCAAAACAGUUGAUGAAACAAUCUGAAUCAGAAGUAGAGAAGACAUUAGACAAAGAGUUGGAUGAAUAUAUGCAAGAUGAUAAAAAGACUGUAUCAAAAGAGGAGGAGGAAGAGGUGAAUAGACAAGAUAUCUGGAAACGGAAAAGGCCCAUAAAGGAGAGAGUGGGUCAAAGACAAGAAAUGAAUUAUAAAGGGAGGUAUGAAAUUACAGAAGAUGAUCCUGAAGAAAAAGUGGCAGAUGAAAUUGCCUAUCGGCUUCAUGAACCAAAGAAAGAUCUAAUUGUACGGGUAGUGAAAAUCAUUGGGAAAAAGAAAUCUAUUGAACUGCUGAUGGAAACAGCUGAGGUGGAGCAAAAUGGAGGUCUUUUAAUAAUGGAUGGUUCUAGAAGAAGAACUCCAGGUGGAGUUUAUAUAAACUUGUUGAAAAACACACCUUGCAUAACCAGUGAACAAAUCAAGGAAAUCUUCUAUAUUGAAAAUCAAAAGGAGUAUGAGAACAAAUGUGCUGCAAAGAAGAGGAGAUUUCAAGUACUGGGCAAAAAGAUGAAGCAAGCUAUUAAAGGACUUAAUCUUCAGGAAUACGACGAUGCUUCCCGAGAGACUUUUGCAAGUGACACAAAUGAAGCCCUGGCUUCUCUGGAUGACUUGCAAGAAGGACAUGGGGAAAUAAAACUUGAUGUAGAACAUGUUUUUGAAGCAGAUGAAGGUGAUAGUAUCUUUUGUGUACUAGACACUUGAGGAAUCAAAGUCUGUGUGAUGUAUAUAUUAAUGGUCAAUUUUAUAUUAUAUCUUUUCAUUAGUUGCAAUAGUGCCUAUUAAUGUGAAUCAGUCACAUGCUGGAAAGGACCAUUUUAUUUCUUUCAGUUGAUGCUUACGUUUUCAGUUUGCUUCAGAUCAUGAAUGCUCUACAUCUUCAUUUAGUUCAUAAUUUCAACAGACACUUAACACCUAAUGCACAUUCUUUCAUCUCACGGUUAGUUUUAACAUUAGGGGGAAAAACCAUGUAUGCUCUCAUUCCAAAAAUAAAGCCUGUGUAUGGAACUUAAUAUAACUGCAUGGAAACACUAUUUCAUUUCACUAAUAGUAAUAUAAACAAAUAUCAUUCUGACACAUACUCUGGUAUGGAAGCCUUUUAUCUGAUCGUUAUUUUCAUGAUGAAUUUCGGAACAGGUUUUGCCUAUGAGCCAGAUUGGUAUUCAGUCUGCUUGCAAGAUUUUAUAGAUGGAACAGUAAGGAAUAUAAUGCAGCCAUUUCAAAUGUUUUUUAUUUGGAUGCCUUUCACAGUUGAAAAGAUUACUUCUAAAGAAGACAUGGUUUGUCUCCUGUUUGUCUCCUGUUUUAAUGAUAGAACCUGAGGUUUUGUUCUAUAAUACAAAGUGAUAAAUACUACACAUUGCAUGCAGAGAACUUCAAUUUCAGCUUACAUUAACCAUUUUCUGAGAAAACAAUAUAAACUUAAAAUAAUAAAAACAAACUUUUCUCUUUUA